AUGUCUACAUCCACAUCUGAGGAUUCAGCAUACAUUCUCUACCACCGUUCUAAGCAAGCGGUCGAACAUGAGCGAUUAAAUAGACAACAUCGUCUGAUCCAGCAGACUUUUAUGGAUAACCAGCUCAUCCAUCCAUCCAUCUCACUGGCCUCGUUACGGGGGGGCAUUGCUGAUGUUGGCUGCGGAACGGGGAUCUGGCUUGAGGAAGUCGCCCACAUGCUCUCGCAUCCCAACCCCCAAGACGAUUCUACUGGAAACUCGUGUUCCUCUUCAAUUGGCCCCAUGCCACAGCUCAUCGGCUUUGACUUGAAUGCGGCGGCAUUUCCCGAAAGCCCCGCUGCGGGAAUUCAACUUGUGCAGCACGACUGUACCCAACCAUUUGACGCCCACUAUGUCGGAAAGUUUGACCUGGUGAACAUUCGUGGCCUUGCUUAUGCAGUCACGGAGGAGAAACUUGGUCGAGUUUUGGAGAAUGUAUCACUGCUACUGAAGCCAGGAGGCUACAUGCAAUGGACGGAGAGUGAAGCUCGGCUUUUUAAAUUCUUCCCAGAGACACCGGACACACUGCGAGCAAUGCAGAUUAUUGACGACGAGAGACGAGCUCGAGAGCUGGUAGCUUAUCUCCCACACUUCAUGCUUCAACAAAUUCUAUCGCUCAAAGGGGGGAACGAGGAACAAGUGCUGAAUAUUCUUCAUUUCAAUCUACGUCCUGGAGGGUUCUGCCAGAGCAGUGCGGACCCAGAAGUCAGCCACCAAUUUUCUGAAAUUCUCACUGAGUCGAUCAACCUUUUUCUCCAGUCUGCUCUAAUGAGAAAAGAACAGCAAUAUGAAAGUCAGAAACAUGAUAAAGCCGAGUCCGAUGAGAACAAAGCUCAUGGCCAGGACGAGCUGGAUCAACUAACAAAGGUGAAGGAAUCUAUUAGUGAUACUAUUGCAGCCGGAACAGUCAAAAUGGGCGGGAUCUUUCCCCAUCUUGUUGCCCAGAAAAAUGAUUGUUAG